UUGAUGUUUCUUUCAUACUAGCUAGUACAUAUUCUCAUUAAAACUACACUCUCUUCUCUCCACACAAAAUUCAUUAUUCUCUAAGUAUCAACCAUGGGUGGUGAUAAGACAACCAUCAUGGUACUCAAGGUUGAUCUUCAAUGUUCCAGCUGCUACAAAAAGGUGAAAAAAAUUCUCUGUAAAUUCCCUCAAAUUAGAGACCAAAUAUAUGAUGAAAAGUGCAAUACAGUCACAAUCACUGUUGUUUGCUGCAAUCCUGAAAAACUUCGUGACAAAUUGUGUUGUAAAGGAUGUGGAGUAAUCAAAAGCAUUGAAAUCAAAGACCCUCCAAAGCCCAAACCUCCCGAAAAGCCCAAACAACCUGAAAAGCCUAAAGAGCCCGAAAAGCCCAAGGCACCUGAAAAGCCUAAGGAGCCCGAAAAGCCUAAGGCACCUGAAAAGCCGAAAGAAGUUGAGAAACAUAAGCCCAAAGAGCCCGAAAAGCCCAAAGAACCACCUAAACCUAAACCAGUAUGUCCAACGCCAAUGCCAAUUCAAGAAUACCCACAACAACCGCCACAUGGAUAUUGUUGUGGACAAUGCUACGAAGGUCAUACCGGGGGCCCGUGUUAUCAAUUGUACGGAAGACCGGUCCCUCCUCCCCCGUGUUCCGGUAACUAUGGAUAUUGCUAUGGGCCUGGGCCUGGGUGUGGGUGUGGGUGUAGGUGUGGGCCUUAUGGCUAUCGUAGGGGCUGUUGUGUGAGCAGAUGUGAUCAGUACUUUAAUGAUGAAAAUGCCACAGGAUGCUCAAUUAUGUAACGUGUGGCCCAAUUGUUAUGGGCUCCUAUUAAUUUGGUUGUCUAUUUUCAAAUAAUGAAAAUGCCACAGGAUGCUCAAUUAUGUAAGGUGGCCCAAUUGUUACGGGCUCCUAUUAAUUUGGUUGUCUAUUUUCAAAUAAUGAAAAUGCCACAGGAUGCUCAAUUAUGUAAGGUGGCCCAAUUGUUAUGGGCUCCUAUUAAUUUGGUUGUCUAUUUUCUUUACAGAUUGUUAUACAUUCAAAACCA